AUGUCCUUCUCCCACCCUCGUCGAAGGACUCCGGUGACUCGCCCGGACAGCGACACCGACAAUGCCCUGUCCCUUAAGAACAGCUCUACCCUCCGUAAGGGUGCGACAUUUCACUCUCCUACUUCAUCAUCUUCGACUCUAGACAACACAUUUGUCCCUCCCACGCUGCCUCGAGCUCAGUCUCACUUGGACGAUGUCGUCGAUGCCAACCGCCGACGUGUGGCCCUGGCUCUGAACGACAUUGACGAGGCUCUGUCCUUGGAUCAGCUCUCUCUGUCGCCAAAGUCUAAGAUCAAGACGCUUCGAGACACCAGUCUCCCCAUCCCUCGCGGCUUCCUCGAGGGACCUAUCGUCGACCCCAAGAUGACAAAAGAAGAGGAGAGGCGCGUUCUGCGCCCUCGCUCUGUUCGCCAUUCACGGCACCAUGAGUCUGAUAGCGGUUUGGGUACAUCGGUGGCUUCCACAAACGAGAAGCGGGGUGCAGUCACUUCGGCAAAGAAGGAGACAAAGGUGCAAACACGAUCCGCCAUCACAAGAUCCGUUGCCGCAGCAUCGGAAAAGCUUCCCUCUCUGGGGCCCAAGGCUAUCAACCGCAUUCACGAGCACACUUUGCGCCCUUUGUUGGCAAAGCCGACUCUCAAGGAGUUUGAGCCCAUUGUCCUUGACAUCCCGCGACGAAUUCGAUCAAAGGAAAUUAUUUGCUUGCGAGAUCUUGAGAAAACAUUGAUCUUUAUGGCACCGGAGAAGACCAAGUCAGCAACUUUGUACCUGGAUUUCUGCCUUACGUCCGUGCAAUGCAUUCAAGCGACCGUCGAAUAUCUCAGCGACCGCGAACAAAUUCGACCUGCUGACCGGCCUUACACUAACGGAUACUUCCUCGACCUGAAGGACCAGAUUCUACAAUACGGAAAACAACUUGCCGCAAAGAACAGCGGUGACGAUAUGGAUAUCGACGCAUCUGACGAGAUCAAACUCAUCGGUGGUCUCCACGAAGGUCGCCCCGUCGAGCUCGUCCGUGUCCGCAAGGACGGCACAUACAUCUCUCUGGACACUGGUAAGCCUGUUGAGGUUGACAGCGACUCGCCAAUGCAAGUAAAGCGAUCCCUGAGCCAGCAGCUCGAGGACGAGGAGGAGAUUCAACGAUCCAUGGCUCGCCGCAAGAAGAAUGCUUCACCCGAGGAGCUAGCUCCCAAGAAGUGCCGCGAGCCCGGCUGUAACAAGGAGUUCAAGCGUCCUUGCGAUCUUACCAAGCACGAAAAGACUCACUCUCGCCCUUGGAAGUGCCCUGUCCCGACUUGCAAGUAUCACACCUAUGGAUGGCCUACUGAGAAGGAAAUGGACCGUCACCACAACGACAAGCACUCUGCUGCCCCUGCCAUGUAUGAGUGCAUGUUCAAGCCUUGCCCUUAUAAGUCGAAACGUGAAUCCAACUGCAAGCAGCAUAUGGAGAAAGCCCAUGGCUGGACCUACGUUCGAACCAAGACCAACGGAAAGAAGCUACCAUCAGUUGCUGGCAGCGUUCAGCAACAGACUCCGCCUCUGGGUAACAUGUCAACGCCUUCUUCUACUGAAUACAACGGUGUGCCCACUCCUCCUCAGAACGACGUGACGCAGUUCGUUGGCGAUUUCCCUCUCUACCCCAAUGACUCGGACUGGAUGUCAAUCAACAACAUUCCCACCGAGACACUUCACCUGGAUCUGGCUAUGGAUUCCACUUCGCCUGCUUCGGCUAGUUCCUACGAGCAGUAUGCCCCUUACCAGAACGGCUCGGCCUUCAUCCUCGAUAACGAGGACCUCUAUGCUGCUCAUAUGCAGCUUCCAGCUCAGCUACCCACACCUGAGCAACCUGUCAUGUAUAACCCCAACCUCAAGAUGAUGCAACAGCAAUUGCCUAUGUAUCAGCAACCCCAGCAGCAGAUUCCCAUCCAGACUGUUGCUCCUCACUUUUCGCCAACUGGCCAGGAAACAGCCAUGCUUUAUACUCCAAAUUCAUUACGGGAUGUUGAUGAAGGUUUUGACGACUCCUUUGCAGGAGACGGCAUGGAUUUUCCUCUCUUCCCUAAUGACAAUGGCAAUGGCAUGACCAAGACCAAUGAUUAUCAGUCACUGUUUGGUGAAAUCCCCAGCGCCAAUCUGGGCUUCUCCCAGAACUCUCAGGACAUCUUUCAGAUGAUGGACUGGUCAAACGUUGAUUUGCAGCAGAACCUCGGAGAAUAG